AUGCACUCCAAGGCGGCGGCGGUCGAGCGCCGACCGUCGGGAACGAAUGUCCUUCUUCCAAGCACGCCACCCAACUGCAUCAUCUGCCGGUCGUGCAAACAACCCGUGCAUCUUGACGACAUUGGCGACCACGACUGCAGCACUGCCAAGACUGUAAACUCACCAUUGGCACCACCUGCCGUGGUGGAGCAACCGAAACCAAGCGUCGUUCCGUCGCCUCGUCCUUCGCUGUCGAUGCUACCGUCGCUGCCUUUGCUGCAACCUACUGGGUCGGCAGCAACCCCACCACUUCCAGCAACAGGAGCGAAAGCGCCGCCACCGCUUCUCACACGCAAGUCUUCCAUAUCGUCCAACCAAUCCGCUGACAUUCAAGCCCGCGUGACUCAAGUCACGGUCAACGCGCUCGGCUUCGCCACGUAUCGCAUUUCAUCUACGCUCUGGCCCAACGGCCCCCAGUUCACCGUCGACCGGCGCUACCGCGACUUCUAUGCGUUUGCCACCCUCCUUCAGCUCAUGCUACCGCCCCAGUCGGCACCGACGAAAUCGUUGUGGGUCAAGCUGCCCCCCAAGACGUAUUGCAGUCGCAAUACGUUGUCCGAUGCGUUCUUGCUGCGUCGCAAAGCUGGCUUGGAAGGAUUCCUUUCUGCGGCCAUCGACAUGCUCAUGAAUCCGAAAAACACCACCGGCCCCAUCCACAAGCGGACCUUGACACAGAUGCACGUGUUGCGCGAGUUCCUUGGCAUUCCCGCAGCCAGAGACGUCCAAGGCGCCGUGCGAGAUGCCAAACGUCUCGGGCUGACCUCGGAUGGGUGGACGCUACUGGAAUCGGUCGGACCGCAUGACCACACGUUCGAGCAGCGUUGCGAUGGCUUCAACACGAUCAAACGAGUCGCAAUGGUGCCGUUUCCACCGCGUGCGAUUUUCGACCUGCUCGUGCUGCCACCUCACCAAGCAGCUGCAUUCAACCCGACCAUCGUUGGCGGGAGUCUCGUCCGAAAAGAGUCGACGUCGCUCUGGGUGGAACAUGUGCAGCUCAAGGUAAGAACCGUUGCCGUCCUUCUCGUGAUGACGCUGCCCCACCAGACCGUGUGGUUCCUUCCGGGUGUCGAAUGCGUCAACGUGAAAAGCUGGCGGCUCGAGCCCAACGGUACGAUCAUCGUCGUGUCGAUCCCGGCCGCCGAGUGUCCGCCGCACGUGACGGCGUCGGCGCAGAACGUAUUAACGGGAUGGAUCCUCUCUCCUGUCGAUGCAACAUCGACUUCCGUCACGAUGGUGACACAAAUGGACUUGAAAGGCCACAUCGGCCCCAACUCGCCCUGGAACAAACUCGCUCUUCGCAACUACGCCAUGGACUUGACAUACCUCCGAUGCCACUUGGACGAGUCGUACGACAAAGCAUACUACGACGCCCUCGGGCCGCUCGUGUCGCCCGACGAGCUCCACGCAGUCACCCUCCACCCUCACGACAUGCAGAUACCUGGCGCCGGGGACAAGGACCCCAAAGUGUUCGUGGUGUGCCAGCAGAUCGAGCCGCUCUUCUGCCUCUUGAUCCAUAAAAACACCAACCGCAAUGCGCUCAUCCUCAAGCUCAACGUGACGAACGACGACGACUCCCAGGCGCUGCACAUGACGGAUCCGCUUGUCGGCGAGUGGGUCAUGUUCGAAAAGGCCAAGAACCCGCGACAAUCCAUGAGUGCCAUCGAACGCAACACGACUUACCAGUGGACGACAAAGCAUCUUGGCCAAGGCGUCCAUGCGAUUCAAUUCGGCAUGCUCAAAGGCAGGACGUUCCAGCUGCGCAAUCACGCGGGUUACUUUUUGCACGGGACGCUCAAUGGCAAGCCCAACGUCAUGCUGAAACGCUUCUACCUCACGUUUGCGCCGUCCAUGGUCGGCCUCGGCCAGCUCGAUAAGAUCGAGCUCGUUGGUGAAACAGAGACCGAGGUCGUGUAUGUUCGCUAA